GCUCGCCGGGAAGGGGCUGGGCCGCCGCGGCUCGCCCUGCCGCAUCCAGCCCUUUAAACAUGGCGCAGGCCGGGGCGGCCGGGCGAUGACCGCGGGCGGCCGCGCCGGACAUGGCUCAGGCGCAGACCUUCCCCCCUCGCUCCUAGGGAAGAACAUGCCCAAGACCAGGGCGGGCGGCGCGGAGAAGGCGAGUCCCGAGAGCGCCGACAGGAAGGGCCCCGGCCGCCCCCGGGCCGGCGGGGAGAAUGUGUUUAUUGGUCAAUCCAAAAUCUACAGCUACCUGAACCCUAACAAAGCUCCUGGUGCUCGCCCCCCACUUCAAGAGGAAAACUCUGUCAUGUAUCACGAGGUGAAAUGUCAGGGCAAAACACUAAAGGAAACCUACAGGAAAGGAGCUGCAGGAAAAAAGAAUGGUGGCAAAAUAGUUGAAGGUGCUAUGAAAGCAGAAGAGCAGAAGGAUAAGGAGAGUGGGUGCAAUCCUUCAGUGCCCUCUGAUCAAAACCAAGAAACUGCAGAAUCCCAGAAGCCCCCCCUGCCUGCAGACUGUGCUGAGGAGGCCAAUGCAAAGCCAGCUCAGAAAAAGAUGGUAAAAGCAAAACGUGGACCAAGGAAAAAAACACAAGGAAGGACACCAAACCGAAAAGUGACAGAUUAUUACCCAGUUAGGAGAAGUUCCAGGAAGAGCAAAUCUGAAUUGGAGACUGAGGAGAGGAGGAAAAUAGAUGAGCUGAUUACAAGUGGGAAAGAAGAAGGAAUGAAGAUUGAUUACAUCGAUGGCAAGGGGAGAGGAGUCAUUGCUACUAAACAUUUUAAUCGAGGAGAGUUUGUGGUGGAGUAUCACGGGGAUCUCAUAGAGAUCACUGAUGCCAAGAAACGGGAGGCUGUGUAUGCUCAGGAUCCAUCCACGGGCUGCUACAUGUACUAUUUCCAGUACCUCAGCAAAACCUACUGUGUCGAUGCUACAAAGGAAACGAAUCGUCUGGGAAGGCUCAUUAAUCACAGCAAAUGUGGCAACUGUCAGACUAAGCUCCAUGACAUUGAUGGUGUUCCUCAUCUCAUCCUCAUUGCUUCCAGGGACAUUAAAGCAGGUGAAGAACUCUUGUACGACUAUGGAGACAGGAGCAAAGCUUCCAUUGAAGCUCAUCCAUGGCUGAAACACUAAUUCAUCUUCUUUGUUUUGUUUUUUUUUUCCUGGACUGAGUGUUCUACAAGGAGUCUGGAUUUACUUCUCCUGCCCUCAUGUCCCUCAGCUUUCUUAGUGGACUGCUUACGGUCUUCCGAGCUCCUUACAAACUACCUUUUUGCUUUGCAGUAUUUAAACACCUAUUACAGUUUUCCAGGCAGGCUUCAAUAAUUGAUCUUAGAUUGCCAAACCUUUUGUAUCAUAAAAGGAAACCCUCCCUAAAAUCUGAAUGCUUCUGCACAGUGACCAGUGCCACUUGAGCAGUCAAAGACUUGCACAGAAACUUAAUCACUGGGGUUGUGCUUCUGCUUUUGCAAGAAAAUCUCACGCUCCGCUUUGGGGUGAUGAACUCGGCGUUAACUUUGACAGCAGAAGUACUUCUGUACUCUGUUCAUGCAGUGGCUUGACUGCCUGUCACACUGCUGUUCCCAGCCCAGUGCUGACAGGCUUCUCUGGCAUGGAUGCUACUAUCAUUCUCCAAUAAUUUGUGGUAGGAAUCCAGUUUUUUCGGUGUCGUAUAAUCUGUUGGCAAUGAACUUUAAAUGCACUGGCACUGAGGAAAAAAGGAUGGUCAGAUUGGCUGCUUUCUUUGGAGAAAUGACUCCCAGCCAAACAAGGAUGGAUUUUGAUAGUCUGGGUGGAUACUGAGUACAAAUGUGGAGAUAGAACUUCACAGUGAGAAUCAAUGUUUGACAUUACUUAUUUUCUAAAAUUUAAGAAGGUACCUUUUUAUAUUGAUGGCUGAUUGUUGGAGGUGUCUCCCAGAGGAUUUUAAAGAAGUAAAAGCUCUCUCCAAAAAUUUUUGUAUUACCUUCCUAUGCUAAUUAGCCACAUCAGAAGCUAUUUAUUUACUGUGAAUGCUUGAAGUAGAGCAUAGCGGUUCCAAAAAUAGGAGUCCUCUUCAUGUGCAGCUUCAAAGUGUAACAAUGAAGUUCACACAGUGAAGAAAGUAGAUUCCUUAUUGCCUGGUCCUGUAGGUCUGUCCAGCAUGGUCUGGUCCCACUGUGUUACGUGGGAGUCAAGCGCUUGGCAUCUCAUGGAUGUUGGAAUGUUACUGUUGGAGAACCAAAUCUGGGAUAUAGGCAGGCAAUACAAUGCAGGUCCUUUAUGUUAAAGAUGAAUUCUUACCAGUUGGAAUUUUUGCCAAGGCAGGCUUGGCAUGUGUGUAGAUGAAAAUGGCUGUGAGCCAUCAGCCACACUUGCUGCUGGAAGAUGUCAGCAAGGAAUCUGUGGCUCUGUUAAUGUCUUCUAUUCCUCAUGUCUUGAAGGCUGCUGCUGUUCCAGCUGAAUGCCCUCUAGGACAAUCUUAUGCUUGCCUAUGUGAUAGGUCAGAUAGCAACAACAUCCUGGUUGUGUGCUCCAGCAGCAAGAGAGGUGGCUUAGUGAUGUAUUUUUUAAAUUAAAAACUUGAAGACAAUGUCUCUGUAAAAUAAAGAAUAUAUUUAUUAUUGAUGAAGUGGCUGCUAUACUACCUGUCUCCAUUGCAGUUCAUGAGCAUUGGAAAGAAAGCUGUGAAAAUCAUUAGCUAUUAAAUGCUUGAUAUUUACUGCUUAACACAAGGCAAACUCGGCAGAGCCAGCCUGGGUAUGUUCACGUUUCUGAAGGAGUAACUGGAGACCUGUUACCUUCCAUGUACUGAGUUUCAGGUAAGAUAAGGCCAACUUAGCUGAGUUGGCACUGAUUUUUCUCUGGUCUCAGUAGCAGAGACCUCAGCAGUGUGUACAGUAUUCCCUUAAACUAGAGCACUUCCCUUAAGUCAAGAUUAGAGUAAAAUGAUUCUUUUUAUUUUAUUUAAACGUUUACUUGUCCUUUAUCAGGUUGAAUAGCUUAAAACCUCUGUUCUUCAGCAUCACUUCUGUAAACAAAAAAGGGAAUGAUCUCCCUGUUUUACAUAAAAACAAAGUUGUCUUCUCUGAAAGGCUUAACUGAUAAUGGAGUAGCACUGGGUCAGAUGGAAAUAAAGCUGAUGUUGCACUGCA